GUGAAGUUAAAUAGCUCCACCAGCGUUCAGUAGCUGGGCGCCUGGGCUAGCUACUAAUAAUACCACAAUUAAAGAAAACUCUAAAAGGAAAAAGAAUGACUGAAAAGGAAGAGUGUAUAGAGAUGAAGAAGAAGAUGAGCCCAAGAGUUGUGAUUGACACCUCCCCGCCAUUCGAGUCUGUCAAGGAAGCGGUGGACCGUUUUGGCGGGAGUGGCCCUUGGUUUCCCCAUCACCUCCUCCGAAUGCCUCUUCCUGAGGAAAAUCCGGGCGCGUUAGAACUAAACAAAAUGGAAGAGGGAACGAAUGAUUUCGAACGGGGUUUGAUCAUGAAGGAGCAAGAAGCACUUAAUGUGUUGAAAGAAGUGGAAGCAGCAAAACGAUAUGUAGAAGGAUUAAAAUUAAAUCUGAUGGAAGAUGAAGUUUCUGCUUCUUCCUCUUCUUCUUCUAUGUCAUCAAGCCCGGGUUUUAGCCCAUCAGAAAGAUUGGCUGCUUUUACGCCCAUUCCUUCCCCGGGCAAUGUUCUGAUGGAGUUGAACCAAGCAAAGGAGGACCUCAAUAAGAUGUCGAUGGACCUUUCUGUCAUCCGCACUUCUGUCCAGUCUCUCAACAAGGAAGUUAAGAAUGAAAGGAGGCUUCUUAGUGAGAACGGUGGAAGGGAAUGUCUCGAGAGGGGUGUUGAGGAAAGUAUGAAUGAGAUUGAUGAUGAAGAGGACUGGGGGGUGAACUUUGAGUCUGAACAGUGUAAGAAAAUGGCAGAUGCAUCAAGCUAUCAGGUCAUGAAGGCAACGCUAGAUAUCGAACGAAUGAAGGAAAGCAUGAAGAUGGCUGAGCUGA